AAGGCGUGUGAUCAAAGAAGUGAACAGAGACGUAAACAAAGACACGAACAGAGACGUAAACAUAGACGUGAACAGAGACGUAAACAAAGACGUAAACAACGACGUAAACAACGACGUAAACAAAGACGAGAUCCUGAAACACAAGCGAAGUGAAAUCCUCAGGAAGUGCAGAGUCGACGUGACGCUCGAGAGCGUCGGGGUGGCCCCGUCAUGAAACCACCCACCUGUGCGGGCCCCCCGUCAGGUCUGCUGCUGGUCCUGAUGUGCUGCCCCCUGCUGGGCGUGGUGCAGUCGGCCAGCAGCAACAAGGCCAGUGAUAAAGAACACGCCUACCUGGGAGACUCAGACCCGCAGAGAUGCAUGAGGCACCAUUUUGUGGAGACGAUCACUCACCCGAUAUACAAGUGUAACUCCAAGAUGGUUCUGCUGGCGCGCUGUGAGGGUCACUGCAGUCACACCACUCGCUCUGACCCGCUCAUCUCCUUCAGUUCCGUCCUCAAACAGCCCUUUAAGAGCACGUGCUCCUGCUGCCGCCCUCACACGUCCAAACUGAAGGCCGUGAGGCUGCGCUGCAGCGGCGGGACCCGCAUCACCGCCACCUACAGGUACAUCCUCGCCUGCAACUGUGAGGAGUGCAGCUGAGGCGCCGCCACCACUGGCUCCGCCCCCCGCCCACGUCCACAACACUCCAGACACUUUUUUCUUGGCCUCAAAACAUUGAUGUAAAACAAUCCAGAGAGUUUUCCGUUGAUUGUUGGGUCAGGAACUCGUCUCAGAGGACCAGAGGUUCUGCUGGGAGGGACGGUUUGGACCUGUGGACACGCCCUCACAGCCGACCUCACAGAUGAUCCGGCCGUAGCCCUUGGGAUGCUCACAGAACCGGUCAAACCUGCUCGGAUCAGAGUCCAUCAUCAUCAUCAUCAGAAACAACAGCAGCAGUAACAUAGGACAUGAAAU